AUGUCUCUUUCUUCUCAGAUUCCUCGCUCUUGUCUUCAACGCCUGACUGGCUAUGCCAGCCGCUCGAAUGGGUUUACUGCCGUCAGGACGGCUUCCAGACCAAUGCUACGAUUGCUUCAUGAAUCACACUCCCCACUGAAAACUUCCGUUGCAUCACUGGAGCAAUCAGGGCUGGAAUCCUCAUUUUCCUUUCAAGAGUUCACAUUUCUCCAAAACCUGGUCAAGACCUCGCCCUUCUUCCUUCAUCCCUCACAACCCAAAGCCGAGGAGUUCAAUUUUCCGUUGGGUACCACAUUCAAGGCUCCCACACGCGAGAUCGGCCUGGAUAUGAAGAACACGUUUGCACAAGCCUUGAAAGAGUAUGGUAUCAUUGCCAUUGAACUUGGCUUCGACGACUCCAAGAGUCAGUUUAUGCUCGAAAUCGUGGAGGCAAUGGGAUGCACUCCCGAUACACACUCCAGCACACAGGGCGCGUUGUGGGACGUUACCUACAGACCCAGUGGCGUCAUCAGCGAGAAAACUGGCGGCAAUGUAGUCAGCAUUUCCCAGGGUCUGGGUGAAUUCGCCUGGCACACGGACGGGUGCUUCGAGGUCAGCCCGCAGCGCUACUUCGGCCUGCACAUCCUCCAUCCAGACAAGUUGGGGGGAGGCAUCUUCCGCCUUCUCGCCAUUGACGACCUCGUAAAGCGCCUCUCCCCGGCCUCGAUCGAGACCCUUCUCAACUACGAAUUUGAGCUGCAAGUUCCGCCAGAGUUCUACAAGGGGAGCGCAACGACAAGACAUAAGUUGCUGUCCAUCGAGCCAGAUACUGGUCGGUAUCUUAUACGCUACCGUCGUGAUAUCCUGGCCGAUCCGCCUAGUGAUGAUCCAAUUGCCAACGCCGCCGUUAUGGAGUUGAAUGCCGUUUUGGAUGGCGAGGGGAGUGUGGGACAGACCUUCUCGAAGGAUAUAUUCAAGGAGAAUUCUAUUCUCCUGAUGGACAAUGCACGGUUCCUCCACUGCCGGACGGAGAUCAAGGACCCCAAGCGAUUUCUAAGGCGCGUGCGGUUCAAUGGGACUCCUGGGGGCCAUGCAUAG